UAAGAGUAUAGACUUUAGUAAUAUCAAUUUUUGUACAGUUAAAAAGUUCAAUUUAAAAAAAACAAAUUACACUAAAACCGGUAUAUUCUUAAAUGACAUUGACAAAUAUAAUUGUGUGUAUUGUGAAUUGCCAAAAGUUGAUACCGGUACCUUAAAAGUUUAAAGUUCAUACUUGAUAGACGAUUCACGUUCAGGAUAGUUCAAAUAACAAUUCUUAGUUCAUUAUGCUGCUGUUAAAUUAUAACCAAAGAAUUUAUUGAUUACUUUUAAAUUUUAUUUACAUUGACAUAUUGUAUAAUUUAGUCCAAAAUAAUAAUGAAGUAAUUUUAGCAGGAAGCGACUUUAAGGAUAAGGAAUAUCUCGAUCAUUUAAUUUUAGUGAUAAAUUUGAAUUGAGCACUGAUAUUCUUCUACUUAAAUAUAUCUAAAAAUGGUUGUUUGUAAAUUUUUUCAACAAGGAUACUGCCGUUAUGGGCAGAGUUGUAGAUUUGAUCAUAUUUACGGCAGUAAAUAUUCUUAUCGAGCAUCACAAUCACAUAAUGACGGACCAAAUGAAGAAGUGUUUGACAAUAGCAUGAGACAAGGAAACUCAAACAGUGCUGCAUCAUCAAUAUUCCGAAGUGCCGUUCAAAAUAAUUCAGUUUUUAAUACUGUGCCCAAUUAUGAUCAAAAUUCCCAAUCAAGAGGAUCAGUUUUUAAUAGAUUGGGGCCACCACAGAAUCCAUCAGUGGGUUUUCAAAAUAAUCAAGCUAAAUCAAUAUUUGCUCAAGCAAAUCAGAGUACCUUCGGGCAACCAGUACAAGCUACAAAUGUUUUUCAAACACAUAAUCAGGAGGCAGCAAAAUCAAUAUUUGCUCAAGCAACUCAAAACGUAUUUGGUCCCGCACAAACCGGGAGUACUUUUAAUCAGACUACAGAUACUGCAGCUAGUGUAUUUGCCCGUGCAGCCCAAAGUUUGCACCAUAACACUCCAUUUAAUCAACAAAUGAGUUCACCUUUCGGCAAUACUGCACAAAAUAUUUUUCAAAUAUCUGAGAAACCAGCAUCAAAUGUGUUUGGUGGGGUCGGGAAUGCAUUUGAUCAAAGCAACAAUGACGAAGGCAUUUAUAGUAACUUAGAAGAUUUAUCAAGCAGUGACCUUGGAGCUUUUGAAAGUUUAGAUUUUACUUUAGGAUCCAUUCCAGAGCUACCUCCUCCUAAGAGUCUCUGUAUAUAGAUGCUACAUUAAAGUGUUAUUUAUUUUAAUAGUAUAUAGUAAAAGUUAAUGAUAAUAAUAAAACUAUUUUACUACUACACUCACACACACACAGUUUCCUUAGAUUUUAAUCUGCGUUCUCAAGUAGUUUUAAAUGUAACUUUAAAUUCACAAUUUAAUCUAUAAAUUUUUCUUAUACUAAUUCAAAAUGGUUUAUACAAAUUAUAAUAAAACCAACUGUAGUCUAUUCCAAUCGAAGAAGGAAUAUAGAUAAACAAAUCAUAGAUUUUCGUAUGCUACGCAAUUUGAUAAUAGCUCAGUUAUAUUGUGCACUACUAAUGGUCCUUGACUAAUAUAUCUUCAUUUAU